AUGACAUCCACAAAUGGCAUUCCCAAGAAGCUAGGAGCGGAUGACGCCCUUCCAGACACUCCAGGAUCUACACCGAGGCACCCAGAUCACGUAGCAGGAGGGGGACAAUCAGCCAAUGGUUUGGGAGAUGAGGAUGAUGCUGGCAGCGUCGGCUUUGACCGCCCAGACCAUGCUGCAGUAUUUGACCUCAGCAUGGACUACAGCGAUGACGAUGUGCUGCUUGAUUGGGAGCAGUACUCUGGGGGCAGGAAAUUCACCUUCAUGGGGCAGGAUGUGACCUGGCUGGCCAAGAUUUGUCCUUGGUGCCCCUGCUGGGUGCCGCCCGAGUGGUGGUACAAGUAUGGAAAAAGGCAGAGGAGGGCGAUACUGGCGUACGCAGCCUUUGGCACGCUGGGUGUCAUUGUGCUGUCGGUCAUCAUAGGUGCAGUGGUGUACGGGCUGCAGGCAAGCAACUCUGGGCAGUCAGGGCUUGCUGCGCACAGGGAUUUUCAGGGGCAGUGGGAUGAGGGGCUGAAGGUGGAUCUGAGGCGGUAUGAGGAGUGCAGCUGGACGCACUGGCGGCUCCCUGACAAUGUGAAGCCAGACAUGUACCAUCUGGACCUUUACACUACCCUGCAGGAGCCCUUUGCAGUGAACGGCACGGUGCGGAUAAGCCUCAAUGUGACGCGGCGGUCUCCAUGCGUAGUGCUGCAUGCCAAUGACAUGGACAUCACACACGUGGCGCUCGAACACCCACACACGCAUGGUCGGUGGGCAUUGAAUGCCACCCUUGGGCAACUGACGCUGGCCUUUCCCAAUCAGCUGCCCCUGGACCAGCCUGUCAGCCUGCUGCUGCACUUCAAUUACACCCUCCAGCAGAAGCUCAGCGGCUUCUACAGGAGCCACUACUCCGUGGGGGAUAAGAACUACACUCUCGGCACAACCCAGUUUGAGGCUGAUGGCGCUCGUGAGGCGUUCCCAUGCUUUGACGAGCCAGCCCUAAAGGCGCGGUACAAUUUUAGCAUCACGGCCCCCGCGCACCUGACAGCGCUGUUCAACACGCGCCAGCUGGAGGCCACCUCAGCGCCAGCUGGCGCCCUGUCGCGGCGCAGCUUCGAGCCGACGCCGCCCAUGUCGUCAUACUUGGUCGCGUUUGUCGUGGGGAACCUCACCAACGCCUCUGCGCUUGUGCCCGGUGCCACGCCCAUGGACGACCGCCGCACAGUCAGCGUGUGGGGUACACCCGACAGGGUGAAGGAUCUGGAUUUUGCGCUGGACACGGCGCGGGCGAUUCUGCCGGCGUACGAACGGCUGUUUGGGAUGCCCUACCCGCUGCCAAAACUGGACCUGGUGGCGAUCCCGGAUUUCGCGGCGGGCGCCAUGGAGAACUGGGGCCUGCUGCUGUACCGCGAGACCGCGCUGCUGGCCGGCCUUGACUCCUCCAUCGAAACGCUGCGCGGGGUCACCGCCACCAUCGCGCACGAGAUGGCGCACUUGUGGUUUGGCGACAUGGUGACGAUGAAGUGGUGGGGCGAGCUGUGGCUGAACGAGGGCUUUGCAACGUACAUUGAGGCGCUCGGUGGCAGCGCGGCGCGGCCAAACCUGGCUUUCAUCAAAACGUUCUACGGGGAUGUCACCCGCCGCGCUCUCGCUGCCGACUCCAAAAACGCCUCCAAUCACGCCCUGGCCACCCUCGAAGGCGUGGAAACCACUGAUCAAGUGGAGGCCAUGUUUGACAGCAUCACCUACGACAAGGGCGCCAGCGUGCUGCGCAUGCUGCGGGCCUAUCUCACGCGAGACCUUGUCCCCCAGCCGCUGCACCGCCGCUCCCUCCUGCAGGACGGGGAGAAUAUACUGUACGGGACGGGGGACGACCCGUUCCUGCGGGGGGUGCGCACGUAUCUGCAGAGCCACAAGUACAACACGAGCACGAGCGCGGAUCUGUGGGAGGCGCUCAGCACCGCCGUGGGCCGCAAUGUUGUCGCAUGGAUGCACAGCUGGACCUUCCAGAAAGGCUACCCGCUCGUGCACGUCUCCCUCGGAGGCGUCACCAACCGCGACGUCUUUGUCCUGCAGCGGCCGUUCACCAUAGACGGCGUGCAAGGCUGCGGCAGCGGGGGGGACCCGGGCAUGCCGGGAGUUGAAAAAGUGGCGCCGUGGUGGGUGCCGGUCAGCUUCUCCACUGCCACUGAGCUGGACAUCACCUGGAAGCCGCUCGAGUCCUGCUCCUCCAAAGAGCCCAUCUACACCCUCAAGGGCGACACGGACUGGCUGAAGCUGAACGCGGCUCAGACGGGGCUGUACCGAGUGCACUACCCGGACGAGCUGUGGGACCGGCUGACGCGCGUGGCGGCGCGAGUCAUCGACGACGUGCCCAUUCUGCCCGAGGUGGACUUUGCCGGGCUGCUGGACGACGCCUGGGCGCUUAAUAACGCCGGCGGCCUGCCCGUGCAUGUCUUCCUCAACCUCACCAGGGCGCUGGCGGCAAGGGACGUGGGAGAGUACGUGCCCUGGCAGGUGGCAGGGCCGAUCCUGGUCAAGAUCAAGAAUCUGCUGACGCUGGAGAACGCCAAGGGGGGCUGCGCAGAUGCCUUCCGCCAGUACGUGCUGCUGAAUGUCACCACGCCCUUCAUUGCAGGCCUCUCCAAUGACGCCGCGUACGGCUUCAAGCUCGGCGCGGAUGCAUUUGAUGUUGCGCUAGAGCCGGCAGAGGCGCGCCUACUCCUGCCCUUUGUGCUCGGCCUCGCCGGAGAGUUCAACAACACCGGAGUCCAGACCGCCGCCACCAACCUCUUCACCGGGUUCACGAGCGGCAUGCCGGUCCAGGCGGACAUGCGCAGCCUCAUAUUCAACCUGGCGGUUGCCAGCGGCGACGCGGCCACCUACAAGACCGUUCAGAAGCUCUAUAUCGAGGCACCGGAGGCUGAGGAGAAGGCGCGGCGGCUGGAGGCGUUGACGUACGCGCGCGACCCGGCACUGAUCAAGGCCACGCUGGCGUACGCGCUGGCGCCGGAGGUUCGCGCGCAAGACACGCCCGCCCUCAUCCUCGGGGUCGCGCACCGCGGCGGCCCCUCCCUGCAGGCCGCAUGGGCCUUCCUGCGCACGCGGUACAGCAGCGUGGUGGCCAAGCUGGGAGGUGGGCCGGAGGCGGCGCGCAGCAUGGGCGAACUGCUGUCCGGCGUCGGAUCUCUGCUGGCCUCAGAGGCCGCCGUGGACCAGGUGGAGGAGCUCUUCCGGACGCACAUGGACGUGGUGAGCGAGGAGCGCUACCGGGACGCGGCAACGCAGAGCAUCCGCAGCAACAUCAAAUGGCUGCGCCAAAACUCGGCCGCCGUCUGCCGCUGGCUGCGCACGCCGCCGCCGAGCGAGAUGGCCGCUCCCGCGCCUGUUCUUGCGCCUGCCCCCGCGCCCGUUUUGGCCCCGGCUGCCGCUCCUAUCUUAGCGCCUGCCCCUGCGCGUGUCUUGGCUCCAGGCAUGGGCCCCUCAUGA